ACAAAAAUUGCAAUAGGAAUUUUAAGUUUUAACUGUCAAAAGUUGAUAGAAAUUUAAGCUAUUGCUAUAGGAAUCUUGACCCGUUGAAAUAAAUGGUUUGAGUGAGAAAUAAGAUCUGUAUGUGUAUUGUUGAUGAUGUGAGUGUAAAGGUAGGUAGGUAGGUAGGUCGUAGAUCUUGGAAGCUACAAUGUCUAGCAGCAAGGUGGUUUUAACAUACAAGCGAAAGCGCCCAUCUUCAAGAACUGGGCUUGCCGAUGGAAAUGUUGGGCAUAAUGCUCCUUCGGAAGCUCCAAAUGAUGACAACCCAGAUAAAUAUGACGCAUUGACUGAUGAACGCAUAUCUCAAAAUCGUAAAGGAAAUUCAACGGUAUCUCUUGAAUGUGUUGUAUGUGGUGUCAGAGGCAACCUUUUAUACUGUGAUAAAUGCCAUCAAUCAUAUCAUCUUCAAUGCCUAGAUAAGCUCAUUAAGUGUAUUUCGUAUGGGAAGAGGCUAUGUUGUGGUAUUAUUAUGCAAAAAGAUUCUUCGACAUCUCAUCCACUCCGAAAAUCAAGUAGAUUGAAGGGAAAGAAACACAUUGAAGGAUCUAAUUCGAGAGAAAUAAUGGUUAGCUCUGAUAAAUCAUUUCAGAUGGGAAGUCCUGGUGGGGGUUCUAGGAAGGACACUGCUGGAUCAUCUUCUGAGGAUAUGGUUUUGGACGAUAAGUUCGGUCAAAUUCAGAUGGUUUCAUGUUUAAAUGCUAAUUCUGGCACUGCAGGUGAUGAAAAUUGCUCUGAAGGGACAUUACUCUCUCAAUCAAUGGGGCUGGACACUGAAACGAGUUUGGACUUUGUUAGCUUGAAAUCAUCUUUUGAGACAAAGUGCAGCUUUGCAUGUGAUGAUGAUUCAUCUGGGUUAAAAGUAUCACACUUGGAGGACACUGAUUUACUCUGUAAAGAUAAAUCCACUAACCGCAGUGAUUCAGUUGUGCAAGCCAAGUUGACCACUCCAUUUUUAACUUUCAGUAGAAGAUAUAAAAAAAAAAAGGAAAUGGAUGAAUGUGAUACACGCAAAAGUUCACUCUUUGAUGAGACUCAUUCAUUGUUCAAUGAGCGGAGUAAUUGUGCAAUUGAAAAUGUCUGUGGUGGAGUAACAUCUCAUAAAGCUUGCUUAGUGGAUCAUGCAACAGAUACAAGGCAAUUGGAGGAGGUUCCAGAUUCAAGGCAUACAUCCAGCCAAAGUAAAGAUAAAAUAACAGUGGUAGAUUCUACAGAGUCUCAUGCUGGAGAUGCUCCUGAAACUAAAAUUGUGAUGUGUGGGGAACGACUGCAUGAUGGGGAAAAUUUAUCUGACAUCUCACCUGUGUCUGAACAAGUACCAGGCCAGAGUUCUCAGAUCACCUUAGACAUCCAAGAAGAGCUUACUUUUGAUUGUUCGGGAUUUUCUUUAAAUGAUUCUGUUAAAGAUACACCCUCUCAAGCCAUAACUGUAGAUAAAAAACUUGAAAAAUUCCAGGACUUUAUCAGUGAGGAACCUCGAGUUAUGUCAAGGGGUGGUCUGAAAGCAACAAUAAUGCCUGAUGUCACAACAGGAGGAUCUCUACCUUGUUUGGAUCUGUCUUUUACUCGCACUGCAGAUUCAUGCGGUACAGAUGGUUGCAAUAUUAAUUCGGACUCAUGUUGUAAAAAGCAAUCCAUUUAUGCUGCACCACAAACUGGUCGGGACACUAUGGAUUCUGCAAGCAGAAGCGAUGCUACUGUUUUACUCGGAGUAUCUCCCCCAGAAUUGUUGAGUUCUAUAAAUGAGAGAGUUGGGGAAUCUUCUUCAGCACACCAUAUGCAGUUAGAUAAAGAUGCAUGUAUGUUUGUGGAAGAAAAUAGUGCCAACUGCAAAGAUAAUGAUAAAGCUUCUGCUGAGUUCUCCAUGGACUUCACAUCAAAAGUUAAAUAUCUGCAGCUAUUUUCAGAAGACAAAAUCACUGAUGUUCUCAGCUUAGCAAUUACACAGUCUGAGGUAACUGAUUCCUUGGUUUCAGAAGAAAGAAAUCAUCUCCAAUUCAGAAGUGAAAGCAGUCAGCUGAAACAAGACUCAAACAGAUCUUCACUUCAUUUAGGUUUAUCCUUACUGACUGAGCCAAAAGUUGGAGGAUAUGCCUACAAUAAUUUCACCACGCUGCCAUUGUUGAACUCCAUCAGUGAAGCCAGAAAAUUUGUCCAGGAUGCAGUGCCUGAAUCCUUGACAAAUCAGCCGUCAUCACUUCUAAUAAGACACAGGCAGAUGCUUGAUAGCAUUGUAAGCCGAGCAAAAGCUUUGAGUGGACGAGGAACUAUGCAAGAUGAGUUCAAGCCUAACACUACCAUGUGGUCUGAAGAGGAGUUGGAUAAUCUUUGGAUUGGUGUGAGAAGACAUGGAAGGGACAAUUGGGAUGCCAUGCUGCAGGAUCCAAGAUUGCGCUUUUCGCCAUGGAAGGCGGCAAGGGACCUGGCUGAGCGGUGGGAGGAGGAACAAUCCAAACUCAUGAAUGCUAUGCAUGUUUCCCGUUUCAAGUAUUCUAAUACAAAAAAUGUUUCGUCGAACUUUACCCACAACUUCUUGGGUCCCAAAGAAGGAAUCUGGGGAGAACAUAUGACAGAUGAAACGCAACUCUCACUUGGAAACUUAUAUGCUCUUAGGGAGGGUAAUGGCUCAAAUAGGCCAUAUUUCAGGACAAGUUUCAUUCAAAAUAAUGGCACUGGGCACAUUCAGAGGCCUUUCUUUUACCCAAGGAGGGGCUCUUAUUCUGAUUGUCUAGGGGAAAAAUAUGAUUGGGAGUCGUUCAAUUAUUUGGAAUGGGAGACUAUGGCACGUAGCAAUCCUUCAACUGAUGACCCUACAACUUGUUUGGAAGCAAAGUGUAAUUUACCUCACUGGCUUAGAGAAGCGGUUAGUACACCUUCAAGGUCAGUUGAGCCAAAUCUGCCUGCAGUGGGUUCAUUAAUUACUCAUUUGGGGACAGUUAGAGAUAGCCAGCCUUAUAUUUAUCCUACUCAGCCAUGCCCUGGACCAAGAAACAGAGUCCAUAGUAGACUUUGUGGUUUAAGGACAAGUGACUUGUGGCCAUCAACUGGUGCUCAUCACUUGAACUACUCAUCGGGAAUGAAAACUGGAAUGGCUGAACAAAGCGGGGCUUCUUGGUAUCGUGCUAAUAAGCCAGGUGAUGUAAUAGUUAUCGACAGUGAUGCUUCUUCUGAAGAGACCAUAUCUGAUGAUCGCAGCUAGGCCUUAGCUUAAAAGAGGUUUUUGUAAGUUUUGGAAACUUUGUAUGGGUCAAUCUGCUGUACAGUUUUGUAAAUUAACAACUUUCAAGGAUCCAGAGAUUGAAAAGUACUUGUUGGUGCUUUCUUGGCUAAUCAUGUCAAAAGUCCAGAUUGGGACAAUGAACCAUUGAAUGUAUUAUAUGUAAGAGCAAAGCUGUGUGUCCAAUGAAUCCAAAUCCACUUUUCCUUCUUCACUCUAUAUUCCACCAAUAAAAGCUUGCCACGUGUUAACAUAAUUAAUUAAAUACUAUCAUUAUUGACUUAUUAUUAAUAUUAUCAUUAUUAAUUAAUGGUAGUAUUUAAUUAAUUAGGUGAAUACCUGACAAGCUUUUAUUGGUGGAAUAUAGAGUGGAGCAAGAAAAGUGGAACAGAAGAUUUGGACUCGUGUCCAAUCUAUCUUUGGAGACUGAGACCUACAGAUGAAAAAACUCGUUAAACUUUACGGGUCUUGUCAAGGAUAAUCAGGUAGUCCAUGAUUACAACUUGUCAAAUUUUGUUUCAACAUGAUGCCAGGAUCAAGAAACAAUUGUUUAGUGAUUCUGUGAGUGAAUUCUCAAAUGGAAACUGUGUGCGUGCGCUCUA